GAAGCCGUCAUUGAAAACCGUACUAUUACGUCAGCAAGCUGCGAAAAGGCGACAAGCAUGGCGGCCAUACUGAGAGGGAGUCGGUACCUUGUCGGAAGGCGGUGCAAGAAUGUUCACGUUACGAUUGCUUCCACGCGGUCCAUGGCCUCCAAGACACAGGUGGGCUUUGUUGGCCUUGGAAAUAUGGGAAACCCAAUGGCCAAGAAUUUGCUGAAGAACGGAUACCCAGUCAUUGCCACAGAUGUCUUCCCAGAGUCCUGCAAGGAAAUUCAAGAGCUGGGUGCCCAGAUUGUUGAUAAUCCCGCCGAAGUGGCGGACAAGGCUGACCGCAUUAUCACCAUGCUGCCCUCCAAUCCAAAUGUUAUUGACGUGUACACUGGCGCCAAUGGGAUUCUCAAGAAAGUGAAGAAGGGCUCCUUGCUCAUUGACUCCAGUACAAUUGAUCCUGCUGUCUCCAAAGACAUGGCGGCGGCUGCUGAGAAGAUGGGGGCUGUUUUUAUGGAUGCACCUGUGUCAGGAGGUGUGGGCGCCGCCAAUUCGGGAAAGCUGACUUUUAUGGUGGGAGGAGUCGAGGAAGAAUUUACUGCCGCCAAAGAGUUGCUCAGCUGCAUGGGCGCCAAUGUGGUCUACUGUGGUCAGGUUGGAACUGGACAGGCUGCUAAAAUCUGCAACAACAUGCUCCUUGCUAUCGGAAUGAUCGGAACGGCCGAAACAAUGAAUUUGGGAAUCAGGCUUGGUCUCGAUCCAAAACUCUUGGCAAAGAUCCUAAAUAUGAGUUCAGGCCGUUGCUGGUCCAGUGACACCUACAAUCCUGUGCCGGGAGUGAUGGAGGGAGUUCCUUCUGCAAAUAACUACCAGGGAGGCUUUGGCACUCAGCUCAUGGCAAAGGAUCUCGGUCUGGCCCAGAACACAGCCACCAGCACAAAGACCCCGGUUCCACUUGGCUCCUUAGCUCAUCAAAUCUACCGAAUGAUGUCCGCCCGCGGUUAUGCCAGCAAAGAUUUCUCCUCUGUGUUCCAAUUCUUGCGUGAGGAGGAGGGACAGUAACAUGUACCUCCUUCACUCCGUCCCGUGCGUGCCUUACCUUCGUGGGCGCACACGGCCGCUGCCAUAUUGGAGUCCGGGGGGUGGGGGGUCUUGGGGGGGGCGAUCAGGACUUUUUGAAAGUUGUCAGACUCAACAAUACAACACUCCUUUCUCUGUUGGAGGCCAUACUUUCCGACUUGCGGAGGAUUCCAAAAGGCUGCCCCGAGUAGUAGCACUUAAGUGUUAGGUGGGGAUUUUAGUUACAUGAAUGAGACCGUGUAUUUCUCGUUUGCAGUCGUUUUAUGUUACUCUUCUCUCUCUUUUCAAUGGCCAUUGGCAAAUGUGACUUUAACAAAGCGUCAUAUCUUGCAAAGAAAUAAAGAUGACGUGUCUUGAGCUUCCUUGU